GACCUCACAAAAGAUAUUAACUAUGCUGUCAGACCUGACGAGAUCUCUUAACGAACUCCGUGAGGAGGUCAGAGCCAUCCGCAAUACCGGCUCCAAUGAAUCGGUAGAUGCUGGGGUACUCCCUUUGGAUUUCCCCUUGCACAACAUUGAGGAGCUAAACAAUGCAGAGGCAGCUCUUCAAUCGCAAGAGGCAAAUAAGGCAAUGGUGAGACGCUUUGCCUUGAUUGGAGGGACCACACUGGAGGUGCAAGUCUGCCGUGUAAUGGCUUAUGCCAUCACAAACGAGCUGGCCUCAGUACUAAACUGGGCAGGGAAAAAAACAAAGGACCAGACGAAGCAAAAAAGGGCAUUUAAAGAUACUGCGUCGGUGAAAUGUCUCACAGACAAUGUUACCCAGCUAAAUAGAGAAAAUAAAAAAAUGAAAGAGACAGUUAUUGAUCUACAAGCUUGUGGCAUGCGUGAUAAUCUUGUAUUUUCUGGUAUUCCAGAAGCCGCUGGAGAAGACGUGGAGACUAUGGUGAAAAGCUUCAUCAAAACCCACCUGAAGCUGCCGGAGGACACGGUGAAGAACAUCGCCUUCGAUAGAGUGCAUCGCAUCGGCCCUAUGCGGGCUGCGACCGGGAGACCACGUCCAAUCGUGGCCAAAUUCGGCCACUUCAAACAAAAGGAACAGGUAACCUAA